AUGGAGGGCUUUGAUGCUGAUGCUGAAUGGAGUGAGGACGAGAUCAUCAAGUCUGGCUCAGCCACAGGUAAGAGUCCAGGUGGCUCAGCCACAGCUCUGUCAGACUCGGACUAUGAUGAUGAUACUGUCCCACCUGGAGGUGUGGUAUCGCCACAGCUUACUGUCAAGAAGGAUGACCCUGUAGACAAGGUGCUUGACAAAAUCGACUCAGAACUUGGAGAUAUGAGUUCCCUGAAGAAGUCCAGUGCACUAGACCACUCAUUGUCCAGUGAAAAACCUUUAUUUGUAAAUGUCGCGCACCUGAACCAGUCACAAGAAGACAACUUAAAAGAUUCUGAGAAGACAGGAACAGACACUGGCUUAGGCACAGGAAGUCUAACCUCAGAUGCUGACCCAUUGCUGACACCUCCUGCCACUACAAACACAACAGCAAUGCCCAGCCAUGUUGGAAUCCCAGCCACAAAAGAUAAAAAGAAGAAUACAACUGGUGGCAGUGGCCUUGAUUUUCUGCAGGCAAAAGAAGUUGAUGAAAAGUUUCAAGAGGUUUUGAGUAGAAAGAAAGGUGGAUACCUAGAAGAUCUUCAAACUGCACCAGUGCUCAGUGAUCAGGAAACCAUCAAAACAGAGGACUUUGAGGCCAAAUUUAAUGAGUGCCUUAUUCCUGCUACAGCUGGAGGUAAGACUGAACAGGCAGCACACUGCCACACAAAGAGUGAUACCUCUGAUGAGCUUGAAGCCGAAUUCGACAGAGCACUGGCAAAACUGACAGAGAGCCUGCCAGCCAUGACUGACAGACGGAUGACAUCAUUACAUAAACGUUCCUAUAGCGGUGGAGCUCUGGAGUUGAAGAAGCUGACCAUGUCUCAUCCCUUCAGUCCCCCACGGAAGCCAGCCCAACCCCAAAGGCGGAAAAAAGACACAAGAAGUGCAAGCCCCCGUCGACCUCCCUCGGGAAAACCUCCGCACACAGAAUACCUCCGUUCUCCUAGAGCAGGCUACACUCUUAACUCUUCAGGGUACACCAGUGAUCUGGAAUCUAUCAAAACAGAAGACUUUGAAACAAUUUUCCAGAAUUUGUUGGUGAAGCAAAGGCCUGGGAUAUCUGUUGUCAACCAUGCAAGCGUUGACCCAAAGUCCAUGACAAUAUCUCAUGAGACCAAUUCUACCCUGGCAAGAUUUUUGCAAUGCAAGGAUGCUGACAAGACUGUUGAUAAAAGUAAACUCACCCAGAACAAGGUGGAGCUAGGGGUGGGCAUCCAUAGCUGGACAGGUAAAAGGACCAUUAACAGAGGAACAGAAGAAAAAGACAAAAUGGAUGCUGGAUUGUCUCAGAAAUCUUACACCAUGAAUGGGUUCAGAGGUCAUCCUGAAGCGACAUCCCAUAAUGGCCCGGGGUAUUCUGCUGAGAAUGACAAGAUGUUCAGAUCAGGUGCACAGAGUGAUGGACAAACAGACCCUUACGAGCAAACGGACGAGGAAGUGGCUAGGAAUGCGCGUGAGAUUGAACAGCAGUCGGCUGUCAUACAGAAGGAGAUGGAGGCAGAGCGCAAGAUGAAAACCUCACUGCCGAGUGUGAGAAGAGAAGUGAGGGCAAGUGGACAACCUGGUGUUAAGAAUGUGGAGUUUGAAAUGACAUGUGAGAAUGAUAUAGAUGGAGACAUUGACAUGAAGCAGAGAGAGCUUCACAGGUUGGAUGAGAAUAUCAAAGGUUGCCAUGCCGACCUGAAACGACUGGAGACACUGGUAAAAGAGAGACGAGAGCAGGCAGAAGAUGCCAGAACUCAGCUGAUGCUGACUGAGUUCAAACGUGACAACGCUGUAAAGGAGCUGGAGAAAUCAAACCAGGAAUUGUACGUGAAACGCAACAAGGUCAAGGCUUUUGAUGAGGAGGUCAAGGUCAAAAUGGAGCAAAUGAAGCAGAUUGAUUCGCUGGGAAUCACCAUGGAAGAGGUACAGGCCUUAAUGAAUGAUCGUGAAUGUUACCAGUCUCAAACUCGACAUUUAGAUGCUCUCCAGUUAGAGAGGAAUGAACUGAUUCGACAGCUCGAUAGCGUCAAGCAGGCCCUGUUUGCUGAGCGAAAACAUGCACGCUCUGAAAAAGAUGAACUUGUAGAGGAAAUGGAGAAUUUGAAAACGAGGCUGGAGGAGAUUCAAGGGGAAAGAGAUGAGCUACAUCAAAAUCUGGUUGCCAUGGAGAUGGCUCUGCAGAAAGUGGAGAAGGAGAAAGCCAUGAUUGUUCAGGAGAAGUCCCAGCUGUUCAAAGACCUACAAGAAAAGGCCAAGCGAGAAUCGUUCAAUUUACAAAGACAGACAGAGCGAGAAAACGAACAGCAAAGUUUGAAAUUUGGUGAAAUGGCUGCCCAAAUUCUGCGGCUUGAGGAGGAUGUCAGAGUGCGUGAUGAAGCGAUUAUACAUCUCAGAGGCCAGUUGGAGUCUGCUGCACAAAAGUUACUUGAAGAACACCAGAAAAGGGAGGGAACUCAGGAAGACCACCGUAAAACCCUGCAGUCUCUGAGGAAAGAUACAGACACUGCUUUGAAGCAGGUGAAAGAGUCAUGUUUCCUGGAGAAGCAGCGCGCUCUGGAGACACUGAGGGGUCAGCUUGAGGAAGAGAAGAGGGAGAGUUUGGUGAAGUGUGAGGACAGGAUGACUCGCAGGCUGGCAGAGCUGGGGGAGAAAGCUGCGGUUAAAGAUGAUCAAAUUCAAAAGCUUGAAGAUCAACUUCAGCAAGUGCGAGAAAAGACACGGCGAGAGACUGAGAAGAUCAAAGAGGCCAGUGUAGAACAGGCACAAACUGUAAUUCGAAAAGAGCGUCAAGUGUUGGAAAAUGAGCGUGAUUGGUUGAAGCAGCGAGAGAGGGAGGCUGCAACAUCAGAGAUGAAGAGAAAAUUAACCUCCAUCACAGAAGAGUUAGAAUGUCGAGAUGCCCAAGUGAAACAGCUGAAGGAAGAGAUACUGAGGCUUGAGAAGGAGCUAGAGGAGCAGAAGUCACUGGUGCAUGAUUCCGUGAAGGACAAACUCCAGGCCGUGGCACGUGCGAAGGAUCAGGCACAAAUGGAAAGACAGGCAGACAUGGAGACACUCAGGGAUACUGUAAUCAAGGAAAACAAAGCAGAAAUUCAAACACUCCGUGAGAUGAUUGACAGACAAGGGGAGGAGCUUAACAAACUGAGAUCAAUAAAAAUGACCAAUGAAAGGAAUGAAAAGGAGAAAAGUUCUGCCCUAGACAGGACAGAGCGGACUCUGAUCAAUGAGAUAAAUGAGGAGUGUCGUCGCACUGCGGCAGUGCUUGGAUUAGCACCAAGGAAGAUCCACAUCAUGAAUUUCCAGAGCGGUGGGACAGAACUUUCAGUGCCUGCAGGACACAGAAGAAAAGUGACAACAUCAGCCCUUGCCAAUUUGCGGGCAUGUAAUGAAGAGUUGCGAAGUCAGGUGAUGGAGAUGAGUCAGAUGGUGGAGUCCCAGAGGUCAGCCUUGAUGUAUGCUCAGCGAGACAAGGAUGAUGCCAUUGACCAAAUUAAGAAGAAAAUGGAACAGGAAAAGUUGCACGAAAUGGAUAGUUUGAAGGAGAGGUUAAUAAAGGAUCAGCUGAAGCAACAAUUUGACGACAAAUCUCGCCACCAGGGGGCUACUUACGACAACAACUAUGCCUUACUAGACAUGUAA